AUGAGUGCGCCCAGAGAGUCAUCGCCCCUGGCGGCUGGUCUUGAGGGGCCUUGUCCCAUUUUGCAGUCUUUACCACAUACAUCGGUCAUCAACACCCAGUCAGCUGCAACCACCAAAGUGUCGAAGAUGACGCCACUUCAAGAAGAACCCCACGAGCCAGAUGAUGAGCCUUGCCAGCCAUGCUCACAGGCACAGCCGGUGGACAUCGUGGAACAGUCCCAUUACCCUGAUUCCGGGCAGUCUGAAGCGAUCUCAAAAUAUGUCUUCAUCAUGCGUGAAGCUAUAAAGAAGCAAGGAGAAAGGCUGCACCAGGAGGAAACCCAGGAGGCAGAACAGGAAGGCUCUCCAGCAGAGAAGGAGGGUGAGAAGCUCGGCUUCCACAUCAAGGUUUCCCGAAAGAAGAAGCCGGCUCCUCUUCUUCUCACCGCCAAAGUGCACGGCAAGGACAUACUCUGCGGCCUCAAAUCCAAAGUACGACGGGUGAGAUUCAUUCUUCCAAAGAAGUCAGAGGAAAACGGCCCACAGUCUGAAUUGAGACCUCAUACAUCAAAGCGGUUGUCUUUGUCCUUCCUGGCAAGCGAAGCGAAGGCGCGAAUCGCGUCGAUGGUACCCACCAGAAAACCCAUUGCACUGCUGUUUCCUCCAGUGCGAUCGAAGCUGCGGAAGCAAAGCGAAGGAAGACCAAAACAUAAGAUUAGUGACGGUGCACUGUCUGCCUCUUCCCUGGCUGAGAAGUGCACGAACAAGGAGGAGCGACUUGCAACUCCGGACCAGGCAUACGCGGACGAGGAAGAUAUUGACGAACACGAGGAAGUCGCUCUCCUCUCGCUCAGGUCGUUGAGUUCGUCUUCUAGAAACAGUUUCGAAGCAUCCCAUUUCUACACGCCCAUGAUUCCGUCUCGGUCGCGAUGCGACUAUGAAUACCGGCUGGAGGAGUCGCGGUUCAGGAAGACCAUCGGCUUCUCAAGAGACGCAGUGUCAAGGGGAAUGAGUAGCCUUAAACUCCACGCAAAGAAUGUUCCGUGGACACGACGAAGAAAUGGCGGUUGGUCCAGACUCGAGUAA